AUGCGUGAUGAUACAAGUCGUGAUAGUGGAUUAGUUCUUGACAUGACUAUGCCACCGACAUCACCACUUGAUGAACAAAACUGUGGUGGAUAUCUAAGUGGUAAUCUAGACUCCGAGCUGUUAUCACAAUUGACUCAAUCGACAACAUCACAACAUCAUCGUAUUUCAUCUUCUGGUCUUUUCGAUGAUAUACAACAUUCUGGGUGUUGUUCAAGAUAUUCACAAGAUGUUUUUCAUUCACCAUCAGAUGAUGGUUUUCUUUCAACACAUUCGGCAUCAGAAGAUCAAGAUCAUCACCCCAGUCAUCAUCAUCCACAUCCGCAUCAUCAGCAUUCUGUGUUCAUUACUAGUGGGGGUGGUGGUUGUGGUCAGACAAAUGUGGAUUGUUCAUCAUUGCCAAACUCGUAUGACUCAAAUUCUAUGAUGAAUAUGCUGAGCACAGGAAAUAACAAUAAUACUAAUAAUAAUCAAGAUAUGAAAAAUAUUCACAUGCAUUCAUUUCUAGACUCGAUUGCUUCACGAUCAGAUGGUUUACAGUCGACGAGUAGUAGUUAUUUACAACAUCAACAACUACAACAACAGCAAAGUAUCCUACAGUCUGGUCAUUUAAUGAAGCCUAUUCGACAAAAAAGUGGUGGUAGUAGUAGUACUGGUGGUUGGCCAUCAUCGUCAAGUUUUGCUGAUGAUAUUGGACAUCGGCAUAGUUCGCCUAUAUCCUCUCCAAUAUUAAUGAAUAAUAACAAUAAUACUAAUGCUAGUGCUAAUCGAUUUUCUUCAGUUGUUGGCACUUCGUUGGCAGGUGGUGGUGGUGGUGGACGUGUAAGUCAUCCAGCUGGUGUAGAUUUCAAUACAUCUGGACUAGCUAGUAGUGCUAGUAGUGGAUCUACAUGUGCUGGUACUUUCGGUGCGAUUGGAUCACGUGUAUUUCAUUCAAUGACAUCAGAAACGACAGGUCAAUCGGAUAAUAGUCAGUUAACUAGACCACAACAAUGUUCAGAAUGUUUAACUCAGGGUGGUGCUGCUGGUUCUGGUGCCUGUAGUGGUGGUGGUAGUAUGAGUGGUGGUCAUCAUAUGACGUCUUCAACUUCAUCUCCAAUACAAAUUGAUUCUGGUGCUACUGCAACUGGUAGCAGAACAAGCUCUAGGAUUUUCUCUUCUCAUUCAAUAAAUGAGAAUUUCUCAAAUUUACCACAAUCACCUAUUCUACUUUCGUCGCCGUUUAGUAAUCCAGGUUGUGAUCUAGAGCGGUUAACUCUACGCCGAGAAUUAGAUGAAAUUCGACAACGUUUAGAUUCGAAGGAAGGUGAAGUUGAAGUAUUGAAAAAGCAAAGAGAUUUUGUCGCAGAGCAUUUACGUGAUUCCCUUGGUGUUAUCCGUCAACUAUUUCAUUCAUUGAAUAUGUCAUCGACUGCAUCAACUGACCUAUUCAAACCUUUAUUUAUCGAUACAGAAACCAGUAUGAGUAGUGAUCAAAGUACUGGUGGUGGAUGUUGUCCGCAAAGUUUAUCCUCAGAAUCAAAUCCAUGCGAAAAAUUUAAAACAUGCAUGCAAAUGUCACCAAUGAUGAUGGUAACAAGUCCUAGUCCAAGUGGUCCUACUGAUUCAUUUAGUGCUGGUGGACGUAGUCAAUUACAGCAACAACAACAAGAAGCACUAACAGCACUGUUCACUAAUCCACUUGUAUCAGCUCUUUUAAACACUCAAACAGAUAUCAGUGGAAUAGAUGCUUCAAAGAUGAAAUCGGAAACACAGUUUCCUAAUUGGAAUCCAUUGGAGAAUUACCCGCUGGAACACCAGACAGCUGUGCAUAGAUCAUCUAAGCAAUUAUCGAAUAAUAAUGAUAAUGAUAAUAAUGAUAAUCCUCCUUAUUCACCAACAACUCGUCUUCAUACUGAUGAUUCUGAUGACGACGACGACGAUUUAUUCUCUGCCUCUGGCUUAUUAUCCUUGUCCAACCAAGAAUCGUGUGAAUUAGAACGGUCUACAACAACAGACACUAAUGAAGAGGAUAGCAAUGAUAAUAAUAAUAAUAACAAUAAUAGCAACACUGGAUCCACAACACACCACGACGAAGUGACGAAUACAAACGCCAACAACUCUGACGUCAUCUCAACCAGUUGUUGUGGUAAUGACGAAUCUUCUCCUUCUUCUUCUUCGACAACUGAACAAGCUGAACAAUCUUGUCCAGCUACUAGUACGACGACUUCUGCUUCUACUGCUACUGCUGUCGCCGCCGCUGCAAUCGCUGCCAGUACAUCAUUAUUGCAUAAUUUGUCUACAGAUAGUCAGCAGAAUAAUAAUAGUAAUAAUAAUGGUGACAAGAACAUAUGUCAGUCACCAUCAUCAUCACCGAAAACGUCUACUGCAAUUGAAGCCGACCAGUCUACUACUACUACUACUACAUAA